AUGAGUAAAGUUUUUAUCAGUCGACCAGAUGGAACUGUUUCAUGGGGAUUUCGACUUCAAGGUGGCUUAGAAUAUAAUGAACCAUUGACAGUCACUAAUAUCGUCCCGGAAUCUCCUGCUGAUGGUAAACUCGAUCCCGGCGAUAUGAUCACGGAAAUAGCUGGUAAUAAUGUUACUAAUAUGACUCAUCGAGACGCUCUUGAUCUUAUCCAACGUUGUGCAAACGCACUUUUUCUCACUGUUCAUAAAGUUGGCUAUGCUUAUCCGCCUGGUGGAUCACAACCUCGUCCAGCUCCUGUACAAUCGAUGUGGAAGCCAGGUGGACCUCCACAGUCACAGCCACAACCACAACAAUACCAACAGCAGUAUCCCCAGCACCAACCACAGUCACAACCGCCACCUUCAUCAGCUUACUAUCAGCAAGAUUUCCAACAGCAACCACCCUAUUACCAACAGAACUAUCAACAGCAACCACCUUACUAUCAACCAAGUUUUCAACAACAACAGCAACAACCUUCUUAUUACCAACAUGAUGCUCACUAUCAGCAACAGCCACCCUAUUAUCAACAACAAUCUCAAUACCAACAGGAUUUCUACCAUCAGCCCCCACAAUAUAACUAUGCUGCUUCACUCAAAAGCCGACCACCAACUACCGAAACUCAUUCAUCAUUCGAACAGACAACAGAAACGGCAACUAUUCCUGCAGCACUUGCCAAAAGUCUCGGACGUCCUGGCGGGCCUAAACCAUUCACCUACACACCAGGUGGUCUUGAUCUCUCGAAAAUACGUGAAUCAGCACGUGUGAGACGUCAUCGUGAAUAUAUCUCAAAUAGCGAAGAACCUAACGAUACACAAGACAUAGAACCAACAAUGAACCGUCGAAUGGUGUCUCCAGCCGAACAAUACACACCACAAAAUUCUUCUCAUGCAUUCAAUCAAUCUCGUCAACAACCGACACAACAAAAGAAACAUAUUCAACAUGAUACCGAUGUAGUGACUCAAUCACGUUCGUUUCAAAUGCUUCAAGGUUGGAUUUCUGAUAGUGAAAAAACUGUUCCAACAGCAGUUCCACCACCAUCGCAAUCACACUCACAACCACAAUCAUCAUCGCCGUCAUCAUCAGCAACGGCAACAACAUCUGUAGCCGCCACGGCAGCAGCAACGGCAGCCGCAGCUAAAUCAGCAGUUGCACGAGCUGUUCUUGAAGAACAACAGAUGGGUAAUCGCAGUCGACAUGGCAGUAGUUCUGGUCCAACAUCAAAUCUUCCGUCUCGAUCAUUUCGUUACCUACAAGAACAAUACAGUACGAACAAUGGUGAUAAUAAUGAAACGACGACGACGACAACCACAACCACCGUGGAAGAAACUGUCGUAGCAGGCGAAGGUGGUGUUGGCCUUCGACGUGGUAGCGAUGGACAUAUGCCAUCGCGAGCGUUCAAAAUUCUGCAAGAUCAAUACGAUGCACAACAAGGCGUUGUUAAUCGAACUCAAGCAGUUAAUAAUCGAGAAGAUCUUGCUGAAAUUUAUAAUAAGCCACCACCCAGUUUUCGGGAACGCGAACCUGAAGCACCACGUUAUGCCGGAUCAACCGUUCCAUCUCGUUCAUUUCGUUUUCUUCAAGCAAUGACACAAGGCGACCAACAAGACAACUCAGCAUCCAUACCUGGCUACAACCGACCCCAACAACUAAUGAACAAAUACGAUGAACAAAACUUUUCGAAUGCAAACAAAAUCAAUACACAUCCUUCACGUUCAUUCAAAUAUUUACAAGAAAUGACAACUGAACAGCCAGCCGUUAUGGCAACAAUGACAACUGUUACUCGAACAGAAAGAAGAAUCAGUACGACGAACAACGGUCAACCAUUACAAAUGAACGUAGAAAUUCAACAAUCUCAACCAACGUUUCAAAUCAGCACGACAAGUUCAAGUGCCUAUCCAGAUGAGAAUGUCAUCGAUAAUCUAUCUGCUGAAAUAGCUGCAACAGACUUUUAA